UAUUGCCACAUAAGUCAAACGGUAAGAGCGGACCCGGCUGAAGGCCAGCGAUGCUUUGUGGGUAAAGCGAGCCGAGCUGAGCCGAGCCGAGCUGAGCUGAGCCGAGCCGAGCUGAGCCGAGCCGAGCUGCGCUGCGCCGCGCUGCGCCCGGUAUCCGCCCAUAUUGGCGUACAGGCCAACCUGAGCAGCUAGGCCGAGCGCCCGCCGGAUCAGAUGGGAAGUUUAAUCGAUUAAUUUGACUCGACUCGGCCGUGCCUGCUGGCUUUCCCGACACGGCGGAGCGGCGUAAAUGCGGGCGUUUCAGCGGGAGCCGGGAAAUGCGGAGAUCGUGUGAAAAAGCAGGAUUAUCUGUUUGACUUAUUCGGUCGCUACUUCGGACGCGGAACUCCUCACGCUAAAGGUGAAUCAUGACAGAAUAUAAGCUGGUAGUGGUGGGAGCUGGUGGUGUCGGCAAGAGUGCACUCACUAUUCAGCUCAUCCAGAACCACUUCGUGGAUGAAUAUGACCCCACCAUUGAGGACUCUUACAGAAAGCAGGUUGUAAUUGAUGGGGAGACAUGUCUAUUGGACAUCCUGGACACUGCAGGUCAGGAGGAGUACAGCGCCAUGAGGGACCAGUACAUGAGGACAGGGGAGGGCUUCCUCUGUGUCUUUGCCAUUAACAACACCAAGUCCUUUGAGGACAUUCACCACUAUAGAGAACAGAUCAAGCGGGUGAAGGACUCAGAGGAUGUCCCCAUGGUAUUGGUAGGGAACAAGUGUGACCUUCCAUCCCGGACGGUGGACACCAAACAGGCUCAGGACUUAGCACGCAGCUAUGGCAUCCCCUUCAUCGAGACCUCAGCCAAAACAAGACAAGGCGUUGAUGAUGCCUUUUAUACAUUAGUGCGGGAAAUCCGAAAACACAAGGAGAAGAUGAGCAAGGAGGGCAAGAAGAAGAAAAAGAAGUCCAAGACAAAGUGUACACUUAUGUGAAUAAUCAUCCCCUUUUUUGAGACAGUCUAAAAAGCAAACACGUCGAACAGUUUAAGUAAUACGUUUUGUACAUUACACUAAAUUAUUAGCCUCUUUCUCAAUACACACCAUAUUAAUACUAAAAUGAACCUGAUUUUUUUUCUUCUGCCUUUUCAUUUAUUUGCUACUUGGAAACCAAUAAGCUUUAUUUUCUGUUUAGUGCCAGUUGCCCACGUGUGUUGGUCCAACAGAUAGUUUGAUUUUAUAGGAAGAUCUGUUGAGUUGUUGGAUUUUUCUAUAAAUAUGAGUUGAUAAUGUCUCGACUCAUUUUGGAUAAAUCUAUGUAGUAAAAACUUUUUUUCCUGAAAGGCCAUGGCUUAAUAAAGUUCUGUGAUGCCCUUUUAAGUAUGGGAUGCCAAAGAGUUCAUUUCCAUCCCAUUCAAUUAGAGAAAAACAAAAGACACGGAGCAAGGACCAACAUUUACAAGGAUGAAAUCCACGUCGUAGCCACUGUAUAUGUUGCUGAUCCGUAGAACGCCCUCAUGUGACUCCGUUCUGUCAUUGAUAAGCGUAUUCCUGUGAAGUCCCUUCUUCCAAGAAUGUUUCUCACCAUAAUGGGUUAAUUCAUUUGCAGUUUGUCGAUGCUUCCUAUCAUGUGGGUUGUGAUUUCUUGCCUACAAAACCUUUUUUUUGUUUUGUUUUUUUUGUUUGCAUGCAUUGUGUCCUUGAUGAUGUGUGAAUAGCAAACUGUUCCUAACACUGUGUGAUACAGGUCACGGAGCCUGAACUGAGCAACUCUGAUCUCUGUUGAUAUCACACGGCGUUAGUUUUUUUCUUCUUUUUUAGGCUUUUUUAAGUACUUAGUUAGCUAGUAUGCCCCACAUCUGAAGAGGAAAUCAGCUAUGUGUUGAAAAAAAAGUUUCCAUGAUGAUACAUGGCAAACAAAAUCUGUCUUGCAGACCACAAAAACCAUGUUUCUGUUUUUCCCCCCUUAACUGUGACCGCGUGGGACCAGCAGCCAAGUAUUUUGUUGGUUAGGCAACUUCAUGUUCCCUGUUCUCACCUCGUCACAAGUCGCUGUCUCCUGGAUGGCUUUACUGUAGGAAUGCAUCGCCUGCUGAAGGUGGAUGAGUUUGGGGUUGGAUGCAGGAUUGUUUGCUUGUAUAGUGAUUCUUUGCAAAGCAAUUACAACGGUGGAGUCUUCCUUCGAAAACGCGCUCGAGAAUACUUGAUUUAACCGUUUUGCUCGUUUGCCAUCCCAUUGUUGUAGGUGCUAUAGAAAGUCUGAUUUGUGUAGUCAUGAAUUCCCAACAGCCGCAGUAAAAGCUGUCAUAGGGUCCUAAUAGUGUGCCUCCGAUGCUUUGUCACGCUGUUGCGAUGCUGCUGCUUCUUCAACCUUGUGUCUCCUGGUUUGGUUGUUAACAUGAAGCAUCUACUCCGUAGGAACCUUCCUCUCAAAUGUUCUUGGAGCCUCCAUCUUACCCCUCCCCGCGCCUACCAGGGAUACUUAUUAGUACAAUGUCACGGAGAGUGUUCAGAAAGGUGUAGUUUAAGUGGAUUUUCAAAUUCCUCUGUUUUAAAAGCCCCCCACCCCCUUGAUUUAUUUGCUAAGAUGUUGAAUUGUUUGCUGGGCUGCCUUUCAACAGAGACUAUUGUCCAGUGAAGUUAUUCUCUCACAUUUUCUCUAAUAAAACUUGUGUAUCAGAGUGAUGUAACUGGAACUGAUGUUUGUAAAUGAGGCAAUAAUUGCCAUAAAAUUAGUUUUUAGAGAAUAUUGUCCGCAUUUAACACAAAAAGCCCUGGGUCCGUGCACAAAUUGCAUCUUUCCCCCCCAGCCUAGUUCCCUCUCACUGCCCUGGGGCUUGUUUUGUUGUGUGCGUUCUGUCGUCUCCUGUGUGCAUUAGGUGCUACGUUCAGGCUGCACAUAGGCAACCAUGUGCCAUGGAGGUGCCAGGAGGACGUAGGAUUUCUUUCCAACCAAUCACCACACCAGGUGAUUUUUAGUUUGUCCUCUUGGGGUGAAGGUGUCUUGAUUGGUGAAAUUGUCCAGUGUCGGGAUUGGUUGGAAAGGAAACCUGCAUAUGCGUUGCACUCAGAGGCACAUGGUUACCUGUAUUUGAUUUAGUCGAUUAAAAACGAGGCAUGACGAUGCUCAGCUUGUCAUGAAUGGCUCAAGAGACGCUUAAAAUAAUUUUAGAUUUGCUUUCAGGAUUGAUUAAUUUUGACCCAAAUUAGUGUUGCCUCUUCUUCAUGAAUUGGAUAACUGUGUAGUUUAAUUAUAGACCCCACAUGUUGACAAUACUGUAUCCAAAAAAAAAAAAUAAAAAAAAAAAUAAAAAAAAUAAAAAAUUGUUGUACCGGAAAUAUUCCUCCUCCUUGUAUUGUGUGCCAACAGCUGAUUUCUGAACUGUAUCAUUUAUACCCGGAUCGUAUUUUAACAACCUUUGUAUAGUUGUGAUACUGAAAGGUGCAUAUUUUGUAAAUUGUGCUUCAUUUCAUUGGUGUGUCUAAAUGAAUGUUGCUGUAAUGGAGUUUCACUCUUUGUGUAUGUGACUAGGGAGUGUGACUCGGUCCAGGUCUAGGGGGGUGAAUGAAUGACCACUUUACAACAAACCAAUUUGGGGCAGUGUAGAGUGGUAAUCUGAUCUCAAAUGAGUCUAUUUUUGCCAUGAAUCUCACCACUCCUAUUUAAUGUGUAAUAAAGAACAAAAUAAAA